CCCUGCCCCCCUCUUCCCACCUAUCCCCUUCAUGCUGUGGGAAUCGAUACAGCCCAGAGGUUAAUUUCCCUUUAUUUGGUCACUUCUGAGUACCAGCCAGCAGCAGCAGGAGAAGAGAAAUGACACCCAUGAACUGCUCUCUUCAUAACAGCUUGGUCGAGAUCUCUAUAGCCACCUUGCUGAUCCUGGAAUUUGUACUCGGACUACUGGGCAAUGCAAUCGCCCUGUGGUCUUUUACUUCUAACUUAAAGGUGUGGAAACCAUAUGCGGUCUAUUUGCUCAACCUGGUCAUUGCGGACCUUUUGUGGUCUGUGUGCCUGCCAUUCCAAAUCACUUUCUAUCUCAUGCACAAGAAAUGGGACCUGGGACAGACAGCUUGCUGCAUCCUGACCUUCCUGCUGUCCCUCAGCAGGACCAGCAGCAUUGCUUUCCUCACUGCAGUGGCUUUGGAUCGCUACCUCAGGGUGGUCCACCCUCGUUUCAAGAUCAACAGCUUCUCAACUCAGGCGGCCAAGAUCAUCUCUGCUUUAGUCUGGCUUCUGGUGGUGGGACUGGUUCACCCAAGCCUGGUGGCUUCCAUGAUUGAGAAGAAUGCCACUGAGUGCCACAGUUUCUACCCCAUGGAAGAUAUUACUUUUGGCAGCACUUGGCAGGAGGUGGUGUUCUAUCUUCAAUUCCUUCUUCCCUUCAGUCUCAUCCUGUUCUGCAACAUUCGCAUCAUUAAGAUACUCCAACAGCGGCUCCGGGAUCAAGACAAACAGCCCAAGCUUCAAAAGUCUAUGGUGUUAGUCACCAUAGUGGUGGUGCUCUUUGGGAUUUGCUUUCUGCCCAGCUUUCUGGCUAGGAUAUUCAUGACCAUCCUCCAAAGGUCAAAAAGCUGCUGGACUCUUCAGGUGAUGGUUCAUACAUGUGAUGUCACCAACAGCUUCACCUAUCUCAACAGUGUCCUCAACCCAGUGGUAUACUGUUUUUCAAAUCCAGUGUUCAGAUAUUCAUAUAGGAAAGUCUUUAAUACAAUAAGGGGGAAAAGGAAGGAAUCACAGCCUCAAGGUUUUGAUCUCAAAGUUUCUGGUUAUAGUGAAUAAUAGAGAACUGGACCUCAAGUCAGGAGGACUUGGGUUUGAAUUCUACCUCACAUAUUGACUGAGUGACUUCUGUUCCUCAAUUUCCUUACUUAUUAUAAUGGGAUAAGAGCUCUACCUCCCAGACUGAUUGUAAAGAUAUUAUUUCGUGAGGUACUUCAAGCCUUUUGUGAACCUUAAAGCUUUACAUAAAUGUGAGCUAUGAUUAUUAAUGAAGAUAAUUGGAGGUUCCUGCUGAGAUCUCUCUGCACAAAUCAGAACAAAGUCCUACACCUGGCUCUGUCCACGUGACGUCAAAGAGGGAAUGCUUAUCAAAUGUGAGCAGUAUUUUUCUUUCUCUACUUUGAUUUUUACCAGAUUUUAACCCUUGCUGUUUUACAAUCCCCUGGAGGGUAAUCAGAAUCAACAAAAUAAACCUUCCUGUUAAGAAAACUGUA